GUAAUUGUCUGUAAUCUAAAUUAUUCUCUGCACCAUACCUGUUCGACAAAAUUUCCCUAUAAAAGGAGUGGAAAAAGGAAAGGAACAAAAACACAUCCCCAUCAAUGAUUUAAUGCGCUUUCUCGGCUUUUCACAACCCACCCGUCUCCAAGUCUCUAGCUCGCUCCGACGCGCACGCUACUUUCUUGAAUCUUCUCCCAUGGCCCUCGCCCACUGUCCCUUGGCACUUCCGCCGGAAACUACAGAGCCCGUCCUCAGGAGAACUUCCAUUCUCACCCGACCUCUUACAGUUCUCUCUUCUCCCAUUUCUCGGAAGCUCAGAGCCCGCAAUUUCUCCUUUUCUCCCAAACUCUUGAGAACCUCGCUUCAAGUGAAAUCCAAGCCAGAGGAAUCUGAAGCUAGUCCAGUUGCAGAAACCUUCAACGACUUCAAGCAAUUGCUUCUGCCAGUCAUAGAUCGCACCCCUUAUCUUACUGAGGGUACAAAACAGGCGACAGCAACCACUGCUGCUUUGGCGAAGAAAUAUGGGGCUGAGAUAACAGUUGUAGUUAUAGAUGAAAAGGAGAAGGAAACAUUGUUGCAGCAUGAGACUCAACUAGCUAGUAUCCGGUGGCAUUUAUCAGAAGGUGGGUUCCAAGAAUUUAAGCUGUUGGAGCGACUUGGAGAAGGAAACAAGCCAACAGCAAUUAUUGGAGAGGUUGCCGAUGAGAUGAAUAUGGAUCUGGUCAUUAUGAGUAUGGAGGCCAUCCAUUCCAAACAUGUCGAUGCAAAUCUGCUGGCUGAGUUCAUUCCAUGUCCCGUUUUACUUUUGCCACUGUGACAUGGGAAAAUGGACACAUGAAGCUGAUGAUAUUAGGCUCUUGAAUUUACAGAUGAAAACAGAGGGGUGUGGAGACUUGUGGAAUCCAGAAAUGAGAAAGGGUUUUCCAUUUCCAACUCGUUAGACUCCAAUUUUUGGGAUCUUGUAUGCAAGUUGGAGUUGAGGAUGUAUUUAUUGGAAUAAUGGCAAUGUUUGUUGAUUUUGAUCUCCUCUUUACAGUAAAAUUGUGAAAACUGUGUUGGGUUCUUCAUUCUUUACUCUUUAUUACUGUUAAUGAAGUA